AUGAUAAAGGUGACAUCUGAAGAGUGCUCAAAGAGUGUUACAACUAGCAAAAAGCUGAAACCAAUACCUUUGCAAGAAAACGUCUCAGACGUGCUUGCCAAAAAUUUCGCCUCAUUGUCAUUUGCUGAUAAGCAAUCAUUUGUCGCUGAUAACUUUUCUUCUUGCACCAGAGUCAACAAAAAUGUCAGUCGAAACCUUCAAAGGAUAUCUCCAUCUGACUUUGUCAGUUUGCAAAGAUUGCGUUCUAGCGCUUUGGCGUGCAGAACAAGUACGGCAAAUAAAAUUAGUCGAGAUGAUACCACUCUGAUCGAUGACCUCUUGAAUAACGAUGCUGUUAAGGGAAAUAAGGAGAAAUACAGUAGAAAUAAAUCAAACACUAAAGAUGAGGAGCUUUUUUUAUCGAAGAAAACUUCGAUGCAAGGUUCUUCAAGAUCUAAUAAAAAUGAAGACUGCGACCAAAUGGAAUUGGUUAGAGGAGGAACAAGUGGAAUAUCCAAUUUUAAAUCUGAGGUCUUACUUUCUAGAGGACCUGUUCGAAGUAUGCGUAAUACUACUGUUGGCCAUGCUCCUUACUCAGCAAUAAAUAAUAAUUCUGCUGCGGUUGCGCAUUUUAGCACAAACAUUGAAAAUUACAGUUUAUGCAGAAGGUAUCAACAUAACUUGGAAAAUGCCGCCGUCUCAUCUGUCGUUGACAUCACAUCGGAUUUGACAAACUUCACAUCAAGUAGCUCUACUCCAGAGACCGUCCAGUCGGACUUCGGCUACGGUUCAUCAAGUCCACAGCAGCAGAUCUCACCAAAUUUGGGGCAGAAUACAUCUUGCAGACAUGAGGAUAACACUCAACUUCCUGAGGAUCUUUCGGAUUUCAUUCUUAAAUAUUCUCACGAAUAUACGACUGCUGACCCAUCACCAGAAGGUGAAACAUCAGUGCGAUCUAGGGGCAGCAGCAUAAGCGAUGGUAAUAAUCAAAUGAAUUACGAUAGUCCCUUAUAUCGGAUACUUUGUGAAGAUAUUUGUCUAUCACCACUUUCUGCAAAAAGUGCAUCACAGUGCUCUCCUGUUUUACCACGAACAUCCGCUCAUAUUCCGGUUAUUUUUGAGGAAAGUUCAUUGAAUACCACUAGUCCUUCUAUAAAUUUAUUAAAUUCUGGACCAGUAGUUAUUAAUCAAAGUAGACGUGAACGAUUGACCCAACGACAUGCAAAAAACCGUUUGCGUGCUUUAAUUGCUGACAAUGAAAUGGUGGAAGCCUGGGCAUGGACUUGUAAAUGUAUUCAGGAAUUAAAGGAUGCACUGUGCUAUCAGGAUCCAGAUGGAGACAGCCUUCUACACAUUGUGAUUCUACAUAUGGAUCUUGCCAAAGUGUAUGCACUUGUUGAGCAAAUGUUAAAAUCUGAAGAUGCUCAAACACGACUAGCUUUCGAUUUGCCAAAUCGAGUUCUUGAGACACCUCUUCAUCUGGCUGUACAAAAAAAUAGUGCUGAAUUGGUGGCGUAUCUGGUCGAAGCCGGUGCAAAUCCUAAUCAUCAAACAGCAUCACCUAGUCAACAAACACCAUUACAUUGUGCUUCAUUGAACGGAUUUACCGAAAUCGUUGAGAUCCUUUGUUCAAGUGCGAAAGUUGAUGUUAACUUACAAAACGGAAUGGGACAAACGCCUUUACUGUGUGCUGUUAAGGAGCAUUGUAUGGACUCAAGGAAGAGUAGACUGUAUAUUGAUAACAGGCGAACAAUAAUGUGUCUUUUGAAAUACGGUGCUAAUCCAAUGAGUGUAGAUUUAUAUGGGAACAAUAUUCUUCAUUACGCAGUGAACAGUUUAGAUGCAGAUCUUAUUGAGAUGUUCAAAUCAUCUGUAGAUGAGGAAACUAUUGCAAAAUUGGCAAAUAAAGAAAAUAUUUGUGGAGAAACACCACUGGACAGUUUGCAUUGUGAAGCUGGAACACAAAACGAACGUCUUCGUACCAAUGUUUUCAUAAGCUUGUUACGAUGCGGUGCUACUAUCAAAUCCCACUGA